ACCAAGAUUCUAAAGUUUCCAAAAUCGAUUUUGGAACAGGUUUUGUAAAAACUUGUUUUUAUUCUCGCAACUUCCUUCACGUUCCCUUUUUGAUCGCGUCAGAAUUAAAGGGUUGAUUCAUUUGUUGUGGAUCGGGAUUAAUCAAAGGAAGGCGGUGACAUCGCAACACCGUGUAGUAAUCGUUACGUCUAUACGAGACGAGACAAGAUAUUUCGCCAUAACAAGUGGAAUGUUGAUAAAACAAAACUGAUAAUUUUGCAAAUUUCACUUUCAAAAUUUUAUUGUAUACUAGGAUACAAUAAUACAGUACGUACAGUAUAAAUGAGAACAUAUAGAAGAAAAACAAAACGAGGAAUCAUCCCUCAUGAGAUAUAUAAAGAAGCGGCUGAUGAUGUUUUUAACAAAGGCAUAUCAAUUCCUAAGGCUGCCAAAAUGCAUGAUGUCCAAUAUAUGACGCUUCUAAGAUAUAUAAAAAAAUUAAAACAAUUUCGUGAAACUGAAGAACAAAAAUCAGAUUGUGAGCCUAAGACUGGAUAUAUUCCAUGUCGACAAGUAUUUAAUCCUAAACAGGAACAAACAUUAAUUGAUUUUCUGUGGGAUCUUAACAAUAUCUUUUUUGGCUUUACUUAUAAAGAUAUUAAGAUAUUGGCAUAUGAUUUUGCAACAAAUCAGGAUAUCAUGAUACCUAAAGGAUGGCAAAUUAAAGGUGAAGCUGGCCGAGAUUGGCUGGUAAAUUUUAAGGAAAGAAAUCCAAAACUGCCAUUCAGAGUUAAUGAAAUAAAUGAUUCACAUUUUAUGAAAUAUACGAAAUCAAUUGUCGAUCCAUUUUAUGAUGAAUUGGAGAGAAUUUAUGAACAGGCUAACUUUACAGCCGAAAAUAUUUAUAACGUCGAUGAAAUAGAGCUCAGUAUGCUUCCCAAGGCCAAAACUUCCGACGAGGAAAUAAAUAGAUACCUCAUGAACAGAGUCACAAAGGAAGUACCUUUGGUUACAAUCUGUUUUGCAGUUAAUGCUCUUGGAAAGACUGUACCACCAAUGUUUAUCUUUCCGAAAGAAAAUUUCUCAGAUGAGUACUUAAGAAAUAGUCCUCAUGGUUCUAUUGGUUGUGCAAAUCCAUCAGCUUCAAUGACUCGUUUUGACUUUUUUACAUAUAUCAAGCACUUUUGUGAGUAUACUGGGGCUACGACAGAAAAGCCUGUGUUGUUGGUGUUGGAUAAUCAUGAAUCUCAUAUGUCGUUUGAUGCUAUAAAUUUCUGCAACGAAAAUGGCAUAUUUUUGCUAGCAUUUCCUCCUCAUUGUUCAGGGAAACUUCAGCCCAUUGAGAAAUCGGUUAUUCAACCUUUCCAAAAGCGUUUCGGAAGAAUAUUAGACAAAUGGCUUGAAGCAAAUUCAGGAAAGAAUGUAACAGUCUCUGAUAUACCAGGCAUGGUUAAAGAAAUAUUUCAGAUGGUGUUAACACGGUCUAAUAUACGUACUGGAUUUGAAACCACCGGCAUUUGGCCCAUAAAUAGGGAUAUAUUUACAGAUAACGACUUUUCGGAGAAAAACAUAAAAAAAGAAAUUAAAAAGCAAACUAAACUCAAAAAAUCUUCAUUACAUUUACGUUCCUUAGCUAAUAUAAGUGGAGUUGGGUCAGAAUUUUCAUCAGUCUCUCAAUUAUUACCUUCAUUGGUUACGUUUCAGUCAAACAUUAACAACACAAAUCCUGACAAACAAAUUGGUGUUAUAGAACUUCAGCCGGGUACUUUGCAGGAAUCUGAAUCUGUAAUGGUAUUGGAGCUUUCAGUUGCGGUAGAGAAUUCUAAUAAUCCUGCAGGCAGCAAUUCUCUUCCUGAUUCUGGAUCUCAACCACAAGAAACUGAACAGAUAGAUGGAAAAAGAAAACAUGUAAAGAAAGAAGAGACAGAAAGCCCUGCGGAAUCGACUGCAAUUGAAGAAAACCAAUCUCGAGCGAAGAAAUCUCGAACGAAGAAAGUCAAAGAGACAACAUCCAGAAGAAGAUAAAUUUCCAAUGAAAUAUAUUAAGAAUUUUUUUUCUC